AUGAACCUGCCCAGCCUCACCGACAUCACCGCGCUCAUCAAUGUGUCGAUUACCGUCCCAGCCGGCGGGAAGGAGCCGGGUGAACCAUCGUAUCAGGCAAGACUUGCGGCCCGCCCGCUGCUCACCCAGAGCAUCACCACCGCCAUCCUCUUUGCGACCGGUGACCUCACAGCCCAGCAGCUCGUCGAGAAGCGCGGCUUCGAGAAGCAUGAGUGGGCCCGUACCGGCCGCAUGGCCCUCUACGGCGGAGUCAUCUUCGGCCCCGCCGCCACCACAUGGUUCAAGUUCCUCCAGAACAACGUCGUCCUCCGUAACAAGAACCUCGAGAUCCUCGCCCGCGUCGGUGUCGACCAGGGCGUCUUCGCCCCCGUCAUGAUUGGCGUCUUCCUCACCUCCAUGGCCACACUCGAGGGUACGCCCCCGCAGGAGAAGCUCGAGAAGAACUACACCACCGCCCUCACCUCCAACUACAUGCUCUGGCCUUUCGUGCAGAUGAUCAACUUCAAGCUGGUCCCGCUGCACCACCGCGUCCUGUUCGUCAACGUUAUCAGCAUCGGAUGGAACUCCUACCUCAGCUUCCUGAACAGCUCAGGUUAG